UCCGUAAUAACAAGUUGAGCUACUCUAGGGUAAUCAGCAUACCAUGCUUCAGUUACUACUUUGCCACCACAAAUUCUACUGAGAAUAGAAUUUUCUGCCCCUGCGUGGAGUGAGAUGACUUUGUGCAUUUGAGUCACAUGGCCUCCAGAACCAACUCAAGCCGUCUUCCGUUCUUUUUCUCCUUCAAAGCUGUCGGCUCUGUGCCUGUGGAUAACAGAAACCACAAUGAGGAAGUGGUGACUCGCUGCAUCAUCGAGGUCCUCUCAGAUGCUCUGUCCAAGUCCAGCGUUCCACCCAUCAGCCCCGAGUGCCGGCAAGUCCUGAAGAAGAGUGGAAAAGAGGUCAAUGGCGAAGAGAAAAGUGAAAAUGAAAACAAAAAGUUUGAAGUAAGACUGUUAAGAGACCCAGGUGAUGCCGCAGAGACCCGCAAGCUCUCCAGCAGGGAGGAAGCUGGAGCCCCAGGGGAGGGAGAUACUCAAGGCCAGACAAAGGCCGACCGGGAGAAAUGGGAAGAGGAAAGCAAACACAGCCAGCAGGGCAUGGAUGAGUCGCAGAGGAGUCUCUAUCCCUCCAAGGACAAUGGCCAGAUACCUGAGGAAGCCAAGGUUCGCCAUUCUGAGAAGAGUGAGGCCUUGGGCAGCGAAGAAGAAGUGGGAGAGGACCACCAGAAGGGGGAGCAUGGGGAAGACGCCAGUGAAGGGAGACACACUGACGAGGCAGGAGAGACACCGGAUGCCCUUCUCAACCAAAGAAACCAGGCUUCAGCCAAGAAAAAAGAGUUGGUGGCCAAAUCAGAUACACACUCUGCUGGGCUCCCUGAGAAGACACACAGCAGGGAGAAGAGCAGCCAGGAGGUUGAAGAGGAGGUGAGAAGCCAGGAAAAACGCCCUCAAGAAUCUCAUAGCCAACCCCGGAGCCAGGAAGAAUCUGAGGAAAGUGAGGAAGACACGACCUCCUCCGAGGUGGCCAAACGACACACGAGGCCCAGACAUCACCAUGGGAGGACCAGGCCUGACAGAUCCUUUCCAGAAGAGAACCCUUCUGAGGAAAAGGGACAGGAAUCUAAGGAGGCAGACAUGGGCAUGACCGGUUUAGGAGAAAAGAGACACCACCACUCUACCCAUUAUCGGGCUUCAGAGGAAGAACCUGAGUAUGGGGGAGAAAUGAGGGGCUAUCCAGGUAUCCAGGCUUCUGAGGACCUGGAGGGCGGACAAUUCAUGGGCAGAGGAAGUGAGGACUACAGGGCUGCAAGGCCUCACAGUGAGAAGAGCUGGGGGGAGGAGGCUGAGAGAAACCACCCCAGCUCAGAGCUUAACAGUGUAGCACAGGGAUAUAGUGAAGAAAGUGAGGAAGAGACGGGCCACAAGUUGGGGAAGGGACACCAUGACAGAGGGGGAGGAGGGGAACCAGGGGCCUAUUCUACUCCUGACAACGGAGAAGAGAAAAGGUUCUUGGUUGAAGGACACCACCACCACGUUCAGGAAAGCCAGAUGGACAAGGCAAGGAGACAUCCACAAGAUGAGUGGCAAGACCGGGACAAAAAUUACCUCAACUAUGGUGAAGAAGGAGCCCAAGAAAAGUGGCGGCAGCAGGAGGACCUCCGAGACCCUAGGGAAAACAGGGAAGAAGAUAGGCUUCCAGACAAACAAUAUGCUUCCCACCACACCACUGAAAAGAGGAAGAGGUUAGGGGUGCUGUUCAAUCCAUACUUUGACCCUCUCCAGUGGAAGAGCAGCCAUUUUGAGAGAAGAGACAACAUGGAUGACAAUUUUCUUGAAGAUGGAGAAGAAAAUGGGCUGACCUUAAAUAAGAAGACUUUCUUCCCUGAAUACAACUACGACUGGUGGGAGAAAAGGCCCUUCUCUGAGGAUGUGAAUUGGGGAUAUGAGAAGAGAAGCUUCCCUCGGGCUCCCAAACUGGACCUGAAAAGGCAGUAUGACGGAGUGGCUGAGCUGGACCAGCUCCUUCAUUACAGGAAGAAGUCAGCUGAAUUCCCCGACUUCUAUGACUCCGAGGAACAGAGGAGCACACUCCAGGAGGCAGAGAAUGAGCAGGAAGACACCGACCAGAGAGCUCUGACAGAGGAGGAGGAAAAACAACUGGAAAACUUGGCUGUGAUGGAUUUGGAAUUACAGAAAAUAGCUGAGAAAUUUAGCCAGAGGGGCUGAUGGUUUCUGGAACAACUGGCAGUUUUAAGAACUAGCCUUUGGAUUACCUGUUUUCUACCACUGCUCAAA